AUGGAGAGCUCAUCAAAGACUGUCGCAUUCUUCGGUGCUAGUACUGGCAUCGGUCUAUCAGCACUCAAAGAAACCUUGGCCGCUGGUCACCACUGCAUCGCGUUGUGCCGAGUUCCUGCUAAACUGGAAACCCUCAACGCUGAACAUGGCCAUCUCCUUGAUAUCGUCGAGGGAAAUGUCUAUGACUCAGACGCUGUGAGUAACUGUUUACUCAAGAAGGACGGCAACCUCGUGGACGAGAUCCUCUUUUCAAUCGGUGCCAAACCUGUCCUCUGGAAGAUGACUCUCGAUGACCCCAAAGUUUGCCAAGUCGGCAUGAAUGUUGUUCUGGAAUGUGUCGCGCAACUCCGAACCAAAAGUGCUGCUGGAAGACCACUCAUAGUCGCCCUCAGCACAACUGGCACGUCCCGUUUUGGCCGGGACUAUCCCUUGGCCUUGUUCUUGAUCUACUCCUACGCUUUGAAAGUGCCUCACGAGGACAAGAUCGCCAUGGAAGAGAGGCUGGCUGGAAGUGGUGAAGACUUUUGCAUAGUCCGAGCCAGUCUCUUAGUCAAUGGCAAGAGCGAGAAUCCUGUUCGAGUGGGAGUUGAGGACCCCAAGACGGGACGGCAGAGUCAAGAAAUUGGAUAUACUAUCUCGAGGGAAGAUGCUGGCAGAUGGAUUACCAAGAGUCUGAUAUUGCAGAGGAAUGCUGACUAUGUGAACAAGAUUGCGUCGAUCACCUGGUGA